GCAUGAUCUCCGUAACGGAAAUACCGAGGGAAAGCGGGGCGAUAUUUUCAAAUCGGUUAGUACGUUUAAAAAGGAGGACGAUUUCCGUUCAGGGAACAGCUGCAGAAUUCCCACCGCCGAGGGCGUGUUUUUGGGUCACAUGAUCUAUAGCGAAUGUCGUCUCGACUCGUGAUUGGCCGAAAGAAUUCUCCAUCGACUCGUACUUUCGCCUUCCCAGGAGCUCCUCGACGCCAAGUCCGUUCAGAAUAGUUCCAGAUGUGGCCAUGUUUAGUUAAUCUUUGAAGUUUCGCUCAUCAAUUGAGAUAUUUAUAUUAUUACCAAAUACUAUUUAUAUUACUAUAUUAAUCUGCUCUACUGCCGAUUGAAAAUAUCUUCACUGCAAAAACACACUCGCUAUAUUUUUCCAACAACAAAAAAAAAAAAAGCAGAAGAAUAAUCAGAUCAAAUCAAAUCCAAAAAAAAAAAAUAAGAAAGAAAGAAAUAGAGUAUCGAAAUAGAACAUCAAAAUCAAAGACCUAAAAACUAAUCAUAUCGAUAAAUUGAUUGAACGCAGCGAAAACGUUACAAUACAGGGAUCUCUGGAAAAUCAGAACGAAAAAUCGUAAAGAAAAACAAGAAAAAAUACUCAUUACAUACACCGAAUGCGCGGCGCGUCACAAGCUUGCCUUGAGAAAUUUCUAUCUUCAUCAGACUCAACGCCAAUCGCCAUGUUUUCGUCGUCUGUAAAAUUCUAACCAUCAAAAAAGUAUUACGUUCGUUGAACACGAUUUCACUUCGAUUAUUUCAAUUCGGUCGAAAUACAAUCCGAAUAUAAUAAUGUUACUGCUGUAAAUACAGACAGACGGAAAAUAAUUCCCAUCGGAAGGCUACGUCUGAAAAUAUUCAGAGGUCCAUUUUAUUUGAAUCGCGUAUACGUACAGAUUUUAUUUCGUUUAAUUUUUAUUUUUCUGCUGGCGUUUCUGCAGUCGUUAUCAUUUUUUUUAUUCCUUUGAAUAAAAUUGGCAUUUGCCAUAUUGCUCAGAGCAGCUGCCUGACGACGCCGUCGCUGCCACGUCAGCUAGGAUGACGUUGGCUCAUAGAAAGCGAGACGCAAUAUCUGAAAAUAACUACAAAAGUGAACAAUUUUUCUCCAUACAACAAAGUGAAUAUAAUUAUUAAAAAAUAUUUAUAUAUACGUAUAGUUUACGAAAUCAGCGCACAGCUGUUUUCAAGUACAUAUAUGACAUAUGUAUCGGUAUAUAAGCAUAUAUAUCCAGAGAUAUCCGAAACCAUUUUCAAAAAAAACUAGAAAAUAUCACACACACGACAAACUGACGAAUCUGACAACCUGAUUAGACCGACGAUGCAAUUUUAUGAAAAAUUAAUUUUAUAAUAUCUGAUAACGAAACUAUCAAGGAUACCGAACAAAAAAAAAAAAACGUAAGCGAGCAAAAGAAGGAAAAAUAAUUCAUAUAUAUAUAUAAUAUAUAUAUGUAAAUUUACAUGUAUAUAUGGUUUACGAUCCAAAAAACAAAAAGAGAGAACGAGAUCAUCGUCAGCAGAAAAAAAAAGUAUCACAUUUGCCCCUAAAUGAUAGAAUUUAGGCACGCAACUUACAAAAAAAAUAAUCAGUCUCCGUUCAUCGAUUAGUGCAGUCGGUAUACAAAAUCGAAAAAAAAAAAGACAAAAACACCAUUAACGAAAGAGAAAAGAUUCGGUAUAAUAUUGAUUUUUUAUCAAAAAACCAAAAACAAAAAUCAAUAACCUAACAAUGGCACUAGAGAGUGUUUCCGCGGCCGAGACCCAAAUCGAAAGCACUAAUGAUGAGGAUUUGGAAGAUGGAGAAAUCCCUUCAGAUGAGGAUGACGAGCCUGUUCCAACCGCCGCCACUCCUAAGCCAGCUUCUGAACCAGCUAAGCCGACCGCCAAACAGGAGCUGCCGAAGAAUAAGACAUUCGACUCUAAGUUUAACAAGAAUAAAAAGCCUCCCGCGCAAGUGGGAAGCAAACUUGAUAGAUUUAGUAAGUUUAAGAACCCGUCAGAAGAUUGGGCCGGAGAUGUUGAGAAAGCAAUCAGGGCUGCGUUAGAGGAAGAUAAAGUUAAAAGUACUGAGAAUAAGAGUAAGGGAAAAACUACUCGCAAUAAAAGCAGAAAAAGAAGCCGAGAAGACCGAGAUGAAGACCGACCCAAAGAACAAAAGAGGAGAAAGCCAAGCGACGAAGAGGAUGGUAACGAAGACGAUGACGAAAUGUUGUUUGUCAGAGGUGCUUCGCCAAUCAGAAAAGAUUCUCGGGAUAAUAAUUCUCCUGCCCGACGUCCUAACAAUGAUUAUGACAGCUACGAGAGUGGGUCGGACUUUGAGGAUCGCUCUGGGUUCAACCGGCAUAGAGAAAAUGACAACAAGCGUGGAGCUCGUGGAGGUCGCAGGGGUGGAAAGAACGACAGAGGUGGCAAGAACAAAGGUCGCGGUCACAUGCGAAAUGAUAGAAACAAUCGUCGAACUCAGAACAUUGACAUUCAAGAUCCAGACUCCGUCUGCAUCUAUUUCAUGCAGGGAAAGUGUCAUCGUGGAGAUGACUGCCCGUUCUCUCAUAACGCCUUGCCCCCACGUAAAAUGGAGCUUUGUAAAUUUUACCUCAUGGAUUGCUGCGCCAAAAGAGAAAAGUGUCUCUACAUGCACCACGAUUUCCCUUGCAAAUUUUAUCACACGGGAUUGAAAUGUACCCAGGGAGAAAAUUGCAAGUUUUCUCACAAUCCGCUCAACGAACAGGUGAAAAAUAUCUUGCUAAAACACUUGGAAACUGCACCCAAGGAAAUCCUGGGGGAUUUCCCAAGACUUAGCAGGGAAGGAGCGUUGAUGAUGAUCAAUAAUACCGCCAAAGCAGCGACUCAAGGACAGUCGAAUCAGGGGCUCUCUAACCAGAAGAUUCCUAGCCUCUUCGACUUAAACGUCUCAGCUCCGUCUAACGUGAGCAACGAAGGAAAGGAAGAUGAAGCUGAAAAUGCCGGUUCCCAACCAAAAACUACUACAAAAGAGCGAAAAUCUCCAGGAAAAAAGACCCGAUGGGGUUCUGAUGAGGACCGCGUACCGUACGAACAAAUUAUGCUGCUUCAAUCAGCCAAUCAGCUUGUCCUUCAACUACCGAAUGCUGCUUUGGGUUUGGCAGUUCAAAAACAACUCCAACAGCAGCUUCUGAAACAGAGAAUUGCCAAUAUGGGAUUCUACAGCGAAACCACUGAGAAUGAUAAAGCCAAAGAGCCGAAAGACAAAAAAGACGAUUCUACGAAGGACGCUGUCACAGCUGUCGCAGCUAUCACAGACGAUGCAGCUACGCAGGUCAAACCGAUAUCGAGUCCGAUUGCACCACCAAAGGAUGUUGACCUCCGACAGCUCUUGUCUCAGCCAGCUAAGCCACCCGUUGUAAGCAUAGCGGAAGCGGCAGCGAAUCUUACGACCAAGCUGGACGAGGAGAGCGACAGAGAUGAAGAAACACAAUUGGUCAUAGAAAUGCCGGUCGAGGAUGAAGAUAACAGAGACAGAAGCAGCAAGAAGGCUAAACAAGAAGACAAUCAAAUGUCCACGCAAUCGUCGAGCGCAUCGUUGACCUCGGGUGCUUCGGCCGAUGACGCCGAAGUCCCGGCUCACCUGCCCAAGCGAACUCAGGAACUUUUCAUGAGAAUACAACAACUUCAAAGAACCGCUCAAGAUAGUCACACAAAUAUGGAUGACGAAGGCGGUAAUGACAAUUCAGGAAAUCCUCAGGCAGAUUGGUACUCCGAUGACGACGAUGACGACGAUGACGACGGUGAUAAUUUGACGAUAGUUAUAAAAGACACGCAAAAAGAGGACAACGAAGUUGAGUCGGAAGGAAAAGGAAAUAGCGACAAAGAGCAGCCAUCUGUAGUUCCUGAGAUUUCAACUAUUCCUCAACCUGCAGUUAUUGUUGACAAGCUCGGGGAUGUGAGCAAAAUCGAUAUAAGCGCCGAAGUUUCGAAGCUGCUUUCGUCCAUCAAGGCUCAAAGUUCUACAACGAGCAAUAAGAAUGCGGCAAAAUCGGAACAGGCUGGCAAAAGCUCUUCAAAAGUCAGCCAUGAAUCCUCGGAUGGGGUUUCAGCUGCCAAAAAAGCAAAGCUCGAUACUUUCUCUGAAAAUAUUAACCAGAGUAAAAAUGUGAUCGACUUGUACAGCGGCGCCUUACCUCCUUCGAAUCACAGCUUAGACGCAUUGAUAGCAGACGAACGAUUCAAAUCAGUGGUGGAAGAAGGGAUUCCAAGUCCCAGGUCGUCACCCAAUGUAAACACAAAUGCGUCGUCAGCCCCGGUUUCUAGAGAUCCAAGAAUGUCCAGAGAUCCUCGCCAACGUAGAGAAGAUCCUAAACCCAACAGUCCGCCACCUACCAGUAGAUCGGAAGGUAAAAAGGAGUCCAAGCCCUUAAGGAUAGAAAACAGCAUAUACAGCUCCGGAAUAAUUAACCUGGACCCAAACAUGGACACGGAUUUGAGAACCAAGAGUGAUCAAGACCAUCGGAGGAAAGACAUGGAUCUAAGGCAGCGAUUUACCUCAGAUUUUGGCGAUACCGACUUGAGAAUAGUAACAGCUAAUUCAACGAGGUCGGACGUUGAUCUCAGACAAAUGCUCAGCCUACCUUUCAAACCAGCCCCGUCUCACGUCCCCUGUACAGAAAUAGAUGCGAGCAUAUCUUCGCAUCCUCCGAUACCAUUCAAAGUGUACAUUGUGGACAUACCAAGGCCCUACUACACCGGGCUCAAAUUGACGAGGAAUGAUCCGCAGGUGAAGAAUGAUCCAAGGUUACGAAAAAUUUUCCGCAUCACAGAAGCAGACCUUGCGGAUUCACCGAUGUCUCCGCCACCCGUUAAACCAGAUACACCCAAGUCCCCACCUCAAAUACGUACCGACCCGCGUAGAAAGGCUCUAGAAAAUGCCAAUCAGUCAUCAUCGAACAACAAUGUUCCCACUUUGUCCUUACCGCCUCAGCAGCAAACGCCAGAGAAUCCAAUGGCUAUGAAUAAUCAAGGUAUGGGUAUGGGCAUGGGUGGUAAUGUUCCAAUUAUGGGCAAUAUGGGUCCGAUGAACAUGAUGGGAAAUAUGCCUGGCAAUGGGCCGAUGAUGGGCUCUAUGCCAAAUAUGGGGCCUAUGCCACCGAUGGCCAAUAUACCACCUAUGGGAAAUAUGGGUCCAAAUGGCUCUCACAUGGUGCCUCCGAAUCAGAUGAACUUUGACCCUCGUUUCAAUGCCCAGCGAAACAGCGGGGCUGGAUUGUUGGGUCCUGCUCCUAUUAUAGGAGGAUUUGGGCAUGACGGUCCAAACUACGAAGGGCCGUUGGAUUUCCCACCUGGUAAUUUCAACAAUUUUGGUCCCCCCGAUAACAUGAUGGGGUUCGGGCCGAACGGGCCUCCUCCUCCUCCUAAUUUUGGGGGCAAUGGAGGUGAUUGGAACGGCGGAAAUCCAAACCAGGGCAACCGACGAGGAGGUCGUGCCCGAAGACGAAAUCGAAAUAGAAGUAAUAACGCUGGUGGUAAUAAAAGAUCUCCACCUUGAGUUGUUGUCGGGUCUGAAAAAUAACCGUCGUACAUCACACGAUGGAAGUAACUUUAGUGCCAAUGUAAAAAAUUACAGAAUAUUCGGUGGCUGACAGAAUAUUGCGUCGAAUAUUCAAAAAUCGACUUUUGUUUCGUAAGUCUGUGAAAUAUUAUCCUUAAGCCAUGUUUAAACGAACAAGUAGUAUAUUGUAUUUGUAUGUAUUUAACGUACGUCCAAAAGUCGGUUUUCAAGACUGACUAGAAACUUGCGACUUUAAUCAUAAGUUUCCUACCGAGCGUUGCAGAAACUGGAACGAUGAUGCGUGUUAUUGAAACGCACUUGUAAAAGUUCUGCUCGAAAUUUGAGUACGUUUGAUUAGUUUUUAGUCUGUUUUUCAAUUCGAACAACUUCUGGCCCGAAAACACCUAAUACUACAAACAUCAUUAGUGUAAAUUUGAAUUAGUUCGUUUUUUACGCCGAAGCUUUCCUUGUACCCUUACUUGAUUUAUUCAUGUCUCAUUUUCUUUUCAUUGAAACCCUUAAAAAUUUUGUUGUCCUUAGAUAUGUAGCUAGGAAGUUUCAAGGCCAGAGGUUGAAGAUCGCGAAUGGUCUCACUGGGAAAAUAUUACCCGUUACAUGAAUUAGAUGUCACUAUUUAAUGAUGCAACAGGGAGAUAAAAUAAUGGUGUCAGGUAGAAUCGUAAUUAAUAUUUAAACGAAGGUAAUAUAUUCCCGGUAAGAUUUUUACUUGUGGAUGAAUAAUUAAUUGGGUUACAAUGGGUGAGGUAUUGAGAAAUAUCGACAGAAAAUGAUGGAUAUCGACAUCGGUUGAAUAUCAUGCUCGAUAAAUUAGGCUUGUACAUAGUUUCCGGUAUCAAUCAAGUGAAACAAAAGCACGACACAGACCUUUCAUGACAGGACUUUAACUAAUUGAGCUUCACUUGUGUUAACGUAACUAUUAAGUAUAAAUAAUUGGUGUAUGUACUACGGUUUUAUUUUUGUACGUCUUCCAAAUGUACAUAAUUUAUUACCAAUUAAUUAUUACCACAUAUUCUAUAUCACCGCAUAAUAUUUACCUCAGAUUAAAGUUAAACUACGUUAAUAGCAAUUUAGAAAAGCGUUGUAUUAAAGAAUGGUUGAGUCAAGCUUUCCCUUUCUAUCGAGAAGAAGAACCACAACACUAUUGUUUCAAUAUGAAUUACAAACGCCUGUUGUAAUUGAUGAAACUGUAAGUGAAUUAGUGAGCUUUUUAACUCAAAAAUUAUUAUUAUUAUUAUUAUUAUUUCGAAUUUAUAUUAAAAAUUAUAUUUUUAUUGAUAACAUUCUUUAGCGCUAUUGUAAGAACUUCCAGUGAUAUAUUAUGUUUCACGUAUCCAAAAUUGAACUAUUGAGAUUGAAAUAUAUUCUAACUAUAAGCAUAAUAAAAGUUCUACCGGACAUGAUGAUCCAAGUGUUACAGUCGAAUUAGGUAAAGCACGUCUUCGUUAAUUAUACACAGAUAAUCUAUGAUUCAUUUAGUCAAUAUGUAUCAAUCAUCCUUCCAUCACAGUAAUAUUGGUACUGAGAAUAAUCACAUUUUAUUAUCUGUAAGAUAAAGUUAUUAUUAAACAGAAAGCUGGUGUCUUUUUACUCCCGUAA